AUGGAUGGUUUUGGUUCGAUUCCGAAAGUCUACGUGCGUCUCAUGCAAAUAUUCGGAUAUACCCAACUAACCUCAAGGAAUCGACAGCUUGUUCGCAGUAAAUUUUUAUUGGUUUAUUCGUCGGUCCUGCUAAUAUCAACUGUAUCCUGGCUGAUUUAUGCAGUCAUACGGAUGCAAUAUAAAACAAAUCCCUUAGGAAGUAAUCAGGUGGGGAGAAUAAUAGAUUAUGCCCAAAUGGUUGGUAUUGGAAUAGCAUACACGGUUACUAUGGUAGAGACCAUGGUGCAUCAUCGGAAGCAAAGAAGACAAUUUGAAAAGCUCAAAGAAAUCGAUGGACUCUUCAAGAGUGUCCUGAAAGUCGACACUGGCUGGGCAACUAACGGCAAGGAAGUGGGGUUGACUUGUCUAUUAAUGUUCUCGGCAUACUUUUUGUUUAGUUCCUAUACUCUGGGGUUUAAUUUGUAUUUAAAGGAGUUCUCCACCAUAGAAUACUGGGCUUUGUAUACCAUUUUAUCGAAACUCUGUGCACUACGUUAUUUUGAGUUAUACGCAAUAGUGACCGCAUUCAAAUGGAGACUUACUAAACUGAACGAGUGUCUGCAAGGAUUAAAACUUUCUACUAAGAAACUGAUGGAUCUUGAUAACCCCAAGAAGCUCAAAUUUGGUUUCUACCACACCGAGGUGUAUCUGCAGAAGACAAAUUUGGAGAGCGCUUCCCAUCAUCAACUGGACGUAUUACGGCGCAUCUACUACCAUUUGUGGGACCUAAACAAAAUCUUUAAUCAAUCCUUUGGAUUAUCCUUGUUAGUGAAUAUUGCAAAUGACUUUAUCCUGAUGACUGCCAAAUGUUGGGCUCUGAUAACAAUGCAAGCUACUGCGGUUGGAUUGGUGGAAUACUUGCGACUGUUGGCAUUCAUACUAUCUCUGAUCCCGCAUGGUUUCAAUAUUAUCCUGAUUUGUCGAGCGUGUUUUUUAGCUGCUCAAAGCGCAACUAAGUCGGCCCUCUUGGUACAUAAGAUACCAGUUGAUUCCGAUAACCAUAAGCAAAAUUUUCUUAUUGAGGAAUUUUCUUUACAACUUCUUCACCAGAAAAUUGCAUUCAACGCAGUUGGUUUCUUUAACAUCGAUAUGAGUUUACUAUAUACGAUUGCAGGGGCUACCACUACUUAUUUAGUCAUCCUGAUCCAAUUCUAUGUGAAUUCAAAGCGAGGUUGAUAUUGAUGAACACUUAGACAGGUUAUCAUGUGUGAAGGCCAUUUUUUGAGGAGAGAGAAGAGAGGAAGACA